CUGUGACUUCUUGCCAUUACCCCCAAACUAACAUAUGCUUCUGUGGAGAGAUGUGAUAGACCUCUUUUAGAUGAACCCUUCUUAAAAACUGAUAACUGAGUGUUGUGAUAGACAGAACUGUGUUUUAUUGUUGUCUUGCAGGGCUUCAGUUACUUGAUAUUCUGCCAAAGUUGAGGGAGCAGGAGGAUGAAGACUUGAUUAUUCAAUGUGAAGCUUUUGAAGAGGCAAUGGCUGAAGAUGAGGAGGAGCUGCUGCGGGUCUAUGGGGGCAUUGACAUGAGUAAUCACCUGGAGGUUUUCACUACACUCUUUAACAAGGUGAGUAGCUCUCCAGCCUCUCUCCAGCUGCUGUCCAUCCUGCAGACUUUGUUGGUGCUGGGGCCGGGCCGCUCUGAUAUCUGGCUGGCUCUGGAGGCCAUCACUAAUAGAGCCAUACUGCUGGCCCAGGACUCUCAGAUAGAGUCCUGUGAUAAGAUCAUGCAGCGGCUGAUGUUCUCCAAAGGCAAGAGCUGUGAGGGUCAUCAUGAAGUGGACGGGCAGCUCAUGAAAAUGCAUAAAGCCGUGCAGACUGAUCUGGAUCAUCAGGGCAAAGAAAUGUCAGACAAAAGCAUAAAGUCCUCUCAGAAGCCGCUGUGUGUCGCUCCUCCCCCUCCACCCCCACCUCCUCCUCUACCACCUAGUAUGACUGGGCCCCUGGGCCAGCCUUCUAACCAGUGUCCCCCACCACCUCCUCCUCCACCGCUACCUGGAGGGUUUGGUGGGCCCCCACCACCUCCUCCCUUGCCUGGAAUGCAGCCACCACCACCACCACCACCACUGCCCUGUGGCCCAGGCAUGUCUGCCCCACCACCUCCUCCACCACUACCUGGAGGGUUUGGUGGACCCCCACCACCACCUCCUUUACCUGGCAUGGUGCCUGCUCCUCCUCCUCCCCCAGGCAUGGUAGUGGCUCAGAGUAGCCAGGCCCUAGGGUUUGCUGCACCCACAAAGGCAAACAGAUGCCCGACCCUGAGGAUGAAAAAGCUCAACUGGCAGAAACUCCGCACUGUUACUGAUGGUCACUCCAUGUGGGCCUUGGUUCAGAGAGAGCCUCCUCCUCGGGAGCCGGACUACAGCAGUAUUGAGCAGCUGUUCUGUCUCCCAGUGACCGAGCACAAAGACAAGGGGGCAGCUGCUCCUGUCAAGAAGGAGCCUAAAGAGAUUACAUUCAUUGAUCCAAAGAAAAACCUAAAUUUGAACAUCUUCCUAAAGCAGUUCAAAUGCACGAAUGAGGACUUUGUAGCCAUGAUUCAGAAUGGGGAUCGUGCUAGGUUUGAUGUUGAAGUGCUAAAACAGCUUCUAAAGCUCCUACCAGAGAAGCAUGAGAUUGAAAAUUUGAAGUCCUUCCAAGGAGAUAAAGACAAGUUGGCAAAUGUUGACCGCUUCUACACCUCCCUCCUCACUGUGCCAUGUUAUCAGUUGAGGAUUGAGUGCAUGUUGUUGUGUGAGGAAACUUCAUCAGUGUUGGACAUGCUGAAACCUAAAGUUAAGCUGGUGGAGGAGGCCUGCCAGUCUCUGAAAACGAGCACACUCAUGCCCAGUUUCUGCAAGCUCAUCCUUGACGUUGGAAAUUUUCUCAACUAUGGAAGUCACACAGGGAAUGCCGAGGGGUUCAAGAUCAGCUCUCUGCUCAAGCUUACAGAGACCAAGGCCAACAAGAGCCGCAUUACGCUGCUUCAUCACAUCCUGGAGGAGGCAGAAGCGAACCACCCGGAGCUCUUGGCGCUGCCAGAUGAUAUAGAGAUCUGUGAAAAAGCAGCAGGAGUUAAUCUGGACUCUGUUCAGUCAGAAGCCAAUGGGCUACUAAAACGACUCAAUGACACGGCCAAGAAGGUCUCCAACUCUGUCGAAGAGAUGAAGGCGCAAUAUGCAAAAGUUCUUGAGGACAGUCUGGAGGCGUGUCAAGCUUUAACAGAGAGGUUUGCUGCCAUUGAGAAGCAGAGGAGCGAGCUGGCCGUCUACUUAUGUGAAGAUGCCAAUCAGCUGUCGCUUGAGGAACUCUUUGGAACCAUUAGGACUUUCCGAGGACUUUUCAUCAGGGCACUCAAGGAAAACAAAACUAGAAGAGAGCAGGCGGCCAAGGCUGAGAAGAGAAAGAAGCAGCUGGCAGAGGAAGAGUCCAAGAGACAGAAGGGAGAUAAUGGAAAAAUAAUCAAGAAAGGCUUUGUGCCACAGGACGACGGCUGCAUCAUCGACCAUCUCCUGGCGGAUAUCAGAAAAGGUUUCAGCCUUAGAAAGACCAGGCCAAGGUGCGAUUCGGAAAGCCUCCCUUCUAGUGAAAUGCGUAGGAAUACCUGCCCAUCUGGAUCAAGUGUGAAGCCUGUAGACGAAGAAGCCGUAGAAAUGGCCACCGAUCCCACCAAACCUCAGCCAGAGGGUCACCAGGCAAGCACAGGUGGAGUGAACGGCUUCAUCAGCCCAUCAGAAGAGACUCCCCCAGCACCUCAGAGGGCAGCGCAAGGCGGACAAGCUGUACCUCCCAACACACUCCCACAAAGGCCAGUCAUAACGAUGCAGGCACCCCUGGAAAGACCUGCAUUGCUGCAGCAGGGGCAUUGUCCCAAGAAACCAGCAGCGUCUUCACUAGAUAUGACACGACCUUCGGCUCAGGUUGAAGUGGAACAUCCACCAUGUCUCUCCGCAAAUGGCUUUUCAUUGGAUUCAAGUGAGACCAGCAUCCUCAGCCCAUCUUCCCUCUCAGAUUCAGACCUGCUUAAUGCCAUGUUAGAUGGCACACGCAGCCUGGUACCUGAGAAGUCGAUGCCUGAGGAGUCAGCGGACAUUAGUGUGAAUGUUCAGAUCAAGGAAGGCCCUUUACCUAAUACAGACAAUAUGACGCAGAGCAGUGAAAGCAAUAUAAUGGGAGGUGGGAAAGGCGAAACUAGUAAUAAAGUAAGCCAUUUAAUAGAGACUGUAGGACAAGAGAAGGGUCAAGAAGAGCAGGAACACAUUAUUGUCAAAACGCCCAGCCAAGGAGAGGUCAUGAGUUACAAACAUUCAGACUCUAAAAGUAAUGUGACGACACUCAGCGAGGGCAUCGAGGGGUGUGAUGUUCCAGAUGGACUGGGAUCAGAAGAUCUGCCAUCUGCGUCUGAAGUGGUGCCUCCAUCCCUUAAGCCAGAACCAAAGAAACGACAGAGCCUCUUUAAACGAAACAAAAAGAAGAGUAAUCAAGGUAACAGUGGGAAAGGACACACUAAACAUAAAAAAGGCUGUGUGUUGCAGUGAGGUGCCUCCAGAAAAAGGAAAUCAAGAGGAAAAAGAACAUGUUAAUUUCAGUUCUGAACUGGAAGGACUAAAGUAUAUUUUAUUUUUUGGGACAUGAAUAUUGACUCCUUCAAGAGGAUGCAGAAGUCUUCCUUUUGAAAUGAGUUGUUUUCAAAGACCAAGUAGAGGAAGCACAUCUAAGGCUGGGAUGUUCACAGCAUGGAUGUUCACAUGUCACUUUAUGUAAAUUAGUUUUAGUUUUUGUGUAAAUGAGUGGUUUUGAUUCAGAACUAUUCAAAAAAAAAAGUUGAAUAUGCUUUAUAUGUUUUGUACAAUUGUUGUAAUAUGCCGUGAAUGUUUUUUGCUAUAAGCUCUAUUUACCGUUCAGCCGCUUUAGAAGGAAAGAUUGCGGUGUUUGCUCCAAGAUAUUUAAUUUAACACAUCUAAACCAAACCGCUUGAAAGUCAUGUCAUUCCUUUCUAUAUUAUCCAGAUGAGCUCCAACGGGAAAUAUAUGGAACGCAUUGAAUGCAUUGUAACUUUUAAUGUUCGAUAUAUUUUAAUAAAAGUCAAUGUACUGUU